AUGACAAUCAGCCAUCCAUUUACAAAAAAAUAUUUGCAAUUUGAUAGUAUUCUGGAACAACUAACUGGCGACGAUAUCAUUGACCGACUGAAACGUCGAAUUCAAAGUGGAGCGUUGAGAGCAUAUAUGAAAAUGCCAGAAAAAGAUGACAUAGAUUGUCAAGAAAUGCCAGAGUUGUUUCACGAUUACUACGGCAUCAAGAUAAAUAAAGAUUAUUCUGGGAUUGACGUUAAACACCCGAAUGAUAUUGAAAAACAUUAUUCUGGCAAACCAAAGAUACUAUUCGAUAAUGGAAACUAUCAACCCAAGACUGGUGUUUUUGACAUGUUUGAAGCAAAUACGCAUUGUCAAUUGGAUACAGAUUCAAAGUUGCAGUAUCUUGUAAUACACGAGUUGUCAAGCAUCAGUUUUAUGGGCAGUGAGAAAUCAACCCCAGAGCUCAUUCAUGUAGAUGGAACGAGUGAAAAAGCAUUGGAUUUGUGGAUUCGUAGCAUUGAGCAAGAAUUGGGUCGGGACAUUGAACAGAACAAAACGAUUGCAAAGUACAAUGUAGACGGCUAUGAUGACAAAACGAAUACUGUGAGUUCAACGGAUGCUUUUUUCAUGGUUGUAAUAGGUGAUACAAGUCUGAUGAUAUUACCCAUUGACGGGUCGUUUACAUUCAAAGACAUUCUAUCAUACUUGUCACCCAAUACCUCACAGUACCUCACAGUACAUCCAUGGACCAGUUCUUGA